AUGCCGAUGUAUCAGCAAUCUGAAGUUGAUGAAAUGGAGCUGGAUGUCUUUGAUCAUCGCCGACGACGAUUCCAACUGUCCGCGAGAGUCCACCUCGCACAUUUUUCUUUUGAACACAGCUUUCGCAGGCAGAUGGAUAAUGGGGAGAAUACCAGGCGGCUCAAGCAGGGCAUGAAAAUUCAAGGUUGCCGACGAUUAAUGCAAAAUAAUCACGUUCCAGUGAUUGUGCCCCAGGCCGAUUGGAACACCCGUGUUCGCCCGCGUUCACGCGACGAUAUCAAUUUCUGGCUAGAUGUCGAUCCAGAUUAUCAGCUCCGCGCCCAGGACCAUGAAAGUCUCGUGCGAGCCGCCUUGAGCAAUCUCAGCAUUCAGGACCAAUGGUGGAUGGCCGAUGUGUAUGUAGUAGAUGAGGAUGACGACCAUGACAGCAACCCUGAUACGGUGAAGCGAUUUUUCCGGUCACUGAACGAGCGUUUCUCUAACGAUCGCCGACCGCCUGAUGGGUUGAUAUAUGAGCGGAUCCGUUACUAUGAAGGCUACCUAGACGGACCGAUGGAUGAGUGGGCUGCGAAGGAUUGGUGGGCCAUGCUAGAGACAGCGCCGGGCAGUAAAAAGGGAAAAUACCUUCGUGCCUUCUUGAAACAUCCCCAGUUUCCUCAGAGACUGGAUUCCCUACUGGUCAUUCCUGGUUUAUGGGGAGGAAUGCGAAUCGGUCUUUUACACAAGCUGCUCGCCAUGCAUUGCGAUGAGCCAAUCCUAUGUUAUUGGGAUUUGAUAUUGAAGACCUUUCUGAACAUCGUGGGGAACCGUCCAGAUCGCCUGGCUCUGAUAGAUGGAGCGACGGUGAAGUUGCUUCAAUCUCGCGCACCGAGAAUCUCUCCACGCGACCGCGAAUAUUUGGAAACGAAGAGGAAGAGCGCCGAGCUGUUUUCGAACGCGUCACCUUCACUGCGAGAGGAACUUUGGCAACAACUUCAACAAAUCGACUACCCAAUCCCCACUUUGGAGACAUUUUUCAAAGACCGUUCUUAUCUGGAGGUCGGCCAAAGUGUUAUGAAACAAUUGUAUUCCCCUGAUCCACAGCGGCCGCUCACCGUCGAUCAAAGAGUCUGUGAACUAUUCGACACAGACUUGCCGGUAACCUCUACCGUUAGUCAGCAGAUGCUGGGACACGAUUUGCUGGAAUUCUGGCGCUUCAGCUUCCAGUACGGAUUUGAGAUGACCGAUCACCAACGCCGCAAAGCCCUGAAUCAGGCUUCAGUAGAAUCUACUCCUAGUCUGGUGUUGGAACAGUCUGCCGUGCCAGACAAAAUGCGUAUCUGGGGCCACUUUUGUCAGAUUAUACAAUCAAGAGGCUUCCGACCUCCUAAUCGAUUUGUCGCCGCGCCUCGGGCCCAGCUUCCCGACCCAGAUGCCUGUGAUUUUCCUGACAUAGGUCUGGAAGAAGACGUUGAAGUCGAGAAGCGCUCAGGAAAGCCAUUCUCCAAUACAAUUGACGUAGAUCGUCAUGCUCUUUCUGCGGAAUCCCUGCGACGGAGUUGGACGGCUCCUCAAGUGACGGCCGGAUUUCUACGCAGAUCCGUUUUCAAGGCAUUUUUCUCUUAUCUCAUUCGAGACGGCCAAGAUUUCAGUCAAGCUUUAGCAGCAGACAUUACUUUAAUCAAUUCCGACGAGUAUACGCGAGAUUUUGAAUAUCAAAAUGCUGAUGUCAGCAUCAGAGACGCCGAGAUCAUGUCAAGGAUACAAUCAACCUCUGAGCCUGGUUCCUCCGUUGAGACCGUAAGGCCUCAAUUCAACACUACGGCCGAGGUCCAUCAAGGCGUGGUAGCUUCGUUAAACCAUGAUCCAUCGUACUUCUCAAUGCGCGUCACAAUAGGCAAUCAUGAGCCAAGGACUCUGUAUCUACCCAAUAGCGCUGAAUUCAUACGUUCGUUUCAGGAAGGGCUACUCCAGCAUUUUUUCAACGUCAAGGAACCAGAUGGGCGAUUCAUUCCUCAAGAAGAUUGCUACACGUAUUAUCUCCUCCAUCCAAAAGAAACACUUCAUGCACAAUACUAUAUGCUGGAGCCGACGAUUUCUCCCGAAUCGAAUGAUCGAAACAAUUGGACAGAUCCAAUUCGGCACCGGGAUGAAGAGAGGUUGAUGAAACGAGCGGAAGACUGGAUGAAGGAAGUUGUGCAUUAUUGCCAUCAAAAUGUAGGCUUUGGCAUCGGUGAGGAACACCAUUCUUCCUGA